AGCUCUCCGCGCUUUGGCCUUUCCGACACCCUUCCCUUUUAAAACCCCCCGCCAUCGCGACUGGGAUCCCCGCCCCUCUCACUUCGACUCCCAUCCAUGGCGAACCAAGAGGAAGCCAAUCCCCUCCUCCAGCCCCGCCCCGACGCCGCUCCCAAUGCCGGAGACAGUUCCUCGCCGGCCACCGUCAAGAGGCCAGCACGGUGGGCGGAGAUUGAGCCCCCCAUUGGGCGCCGGAGCGUCGUCCGCGAGCCGGUGGCGCGCAACCAGUGGAGCUCCGGCCUUUUCUACUGCCUCGGCCGCAACGAUGAGUUCUGGAGCAGCGAUUUGGAAGUUUGUCUUGUUGGAAGCAUUGCUCCGUGUGUGCUUUAUGGAAGCAAUGUGGAACGGCUUGGAUCUGGUCGUCAGUGGUUUGAGAAUAGCUGCUUCCCUUACACUACUCUCUUUAUGCUCGGGAAUUCUCUUUUUGGCUGGAACUACCUGGCCCCAUGGUUCUCUCAUCAUAGCCGUACAGCCGUUCGUCGCAAGUUCAAUCUUGAAGGUAGCUUUGAGUCGAUGGCCAGAACAUGUGGGUGCUGCCUUCGUGUCUUAGAAGAUGAAGAGGCUCUGGAGCAGAUAGAGACAGCCUGCGAUUCCUUGACACAUUACUUCUGCCACCCGUGCUCCCUCUGCCAGGAAGGUCGAGAGCUGCGCCGCAGGCUGCCUCACCCUGGAUUCAUUGGGAAAGCUAUCUGGGUUAUGAUGCCUCCCAGGGCUCAGACCAUGGGUCGUGGUGCCUAAAGAAGCUCUCAUAUCAUUUCAGCUGCUGGGUAUCGCAUGAAGUUUGGUCGAUGAACAGAGUUGCAGGCUUUCUAAACUAGGUUGCUUGGUACUUUAAAUUCUGUAGUGUGCUGUGAGUCAUGGUGUCAGCUCAGACUGAGGGUUGUAGAGCUACUAGUGAGGUGCUUGUUAUGUAAUGUCGUAUGGGUGUUGGGUUGCUAUUGUCUGAAUCAUUACGUAUGUAGCAACAUUAGCAACUAUUGCAGCAUAUUUUCUAUAUUAUGAAGCAAUAAAUUGAAUUGGAGAAAGAACAA